CUCGCGGCCCGAGGGCAGCCAUUUUCUUGAAGGCUGUUGAGUUUAUGACCCUUUCAAAGUACUGAGAUGAAAAAUCUAGAAUGCCUUCGGGUCUAAUGAUCAAUUUUGGAAGUGAGAGAGAGAAAAGAACCUCGCCACUCAGACCCGGAAGGGUUUCAUUCAAGGUGCCCUUCAGACGUUUUUCCUUAGUGUUUAGAAGGAACUAGUAAUGAAGGAAGCGCAGAAGAUGGGGUUUUGGCCUUUUAAACGUGUCAUCCAUGCGGCAGGGUAGGGACUAAAGUAGGUCAGCAGCCAACUCUGAGAACGGUGUGUAGCCCUUUAAGGGUGUCUGCCAAGGGGCGGAGUCUAGAGCGGAAGUAGUAAAUGCGGGUCGAAGUCCGGCAGAUGAAGGGCGGAAGUAAGAGUGUCUAAUCCUGGGAGUCAUGGCGCAGGAAGAGGAAGAUGUUAGAGAUUACAAUUUGACUGAGGAACAGAAGGCGAUCAAGGCCAAGUAUCCGCCAGUCAAUAGGAAGUACGAGUAUUUGGAUCAUACAGCAGAUGUCCAGUUACACGCAUGGGGAGAUACUCUGGAGGAAGCAUUCGAGCAAUGUGCUAUGGCCAUGUUUGGUUACAUGACAGAUAUUGGGACAGUGGAGCCCCUCCAGACAGUUGAAGUAGAAACCCAAGGAGAUGACUUACAGUCUCUUCUGUUUCACUUUUUGGAUGAGUGGCUUUAUAAGUUCAGUGCUGAUGAAUUCUUCAUACCCCGGAUUAGGUCUCCCUGUGUUGCUCAGGCUGAUCUCAAACUCCUGGGCUCAAGUGAUCCUCCCUUUGGGCUCCCAGAAUGCUGGGAUUAUAGGUGGGGAGAAGAAUUUUCAUUGUCCAAGCACCCUCAGGGAACAGAAGUCAAAGCAAUAACAUAUUCAGCAAUGCAGGUCUAUAAUGAAGAGAAGCCAGAAGUUUUUGUGAUCAUUGACAUUUAAGACACCAAAAAAGAAAAGAAUCCUAUGAAGAAUGGUUUUUUCCCCCUCGUCCUCUUGAGGAGACACCAUGAAUUAAAUUCUACAGCAUCUUUAGAUAUAUGAAAUUUGUAGAACAGAAAUUUUUUCCAGAAAUGGAAAAUCAGGGCCUUGGUAUGUGUUCCCUAAGUAUUCAGACUUUAAAGAAUUCUCCAAUCCCCAAGGGGCAGUUAUGGUCCUUCAUUUGAUUCUUUGCUGUGGCAGCAGGUGCCUCAUGCCCUUCCAGUGCAAUGCAAGCCCUCCAGCCUUGCUCCAGAGAGGAGCACUGAUGUCAGCAGCAGCCUAGGGCUGAAUCCAGUUUGAAAAAAGUGGCUGGGCACGGUGACUCACACCUGUAAUCCUAGCACUUUGGGAGGCGGAGGCAGGCAGAUCACCUGAGGUCAGGAGUUCCCAGACCAGCCUGACCAACCUGGAGAAACCCCGUCUCUACUAAAAAUACAAAAUUAGUUGAGCAUGGUGAUGCAUGCCUGUAAUCUCAGUUACUUGGGAGGCUGGGGCAGGAGAAUCACUUGAACCCAGGAAGUGGAGGUUUCGGUGAGCUGAGAUCACGCCAUUGUACUCCAGCCUGGGCAACAACAGCGAAACUCCAUCUCAAAAAGAAAAAAGAAUAACGAGAAAAUAUAUUUCCACACCCAGAAUUUUGUUUUUCUUCCAGGUUGGUUAAGACAUAUAUUUUCUGUAUGUACAUCAGGGAGGUUGUGUUUUAGAUUGCUAUAGGACAGAGCUAUCCUGUAUUCGUUGUUUUUUCAGAGAAACAAUUAGGCUUCUCCAAAGAGAGCCCUGAAUUUCUCUCACACUUUCACGUUUUUAAAAGCACUGAUGACAUUUCCUGUUUUCUCAGAAGAAAAAGUCAAUACGAUGUCUUAUAAAUAGACCUUUCCUUGUAAUACAGACUUUUAUUUGGAAGCAAGUGUAUGUAUAUAACUAGAGAAUAAAAGGAGAAUUUUUGAAAA